AUGAAUUCAUAUCAAUGUUAUAAUGAACUUCAACACAAGGAUGAUGCUAUCAAAGAAUGUUUUAACGAUUUGCAAUCAACAUUACAAGACAUCGACAUUUGUCAGCAACCAUUCAACGAUUUAUAUUGUACAACAACAUCAUCUUUUUGUAAUAGUGAUAUUCCAAUUCCAUUAUCGCCAUCAUCUUAUUGGUUAUCAACAUCUGAAAGAACAAAUAGAUCAAAACAUUUUCUUGAUUUACAAUCUGAACAAGAAAGUGAUUUUGAAUUUUUUCUUCAUCCAUCUAUUCCUAAUUCUUCUCAUAUAAGUGUUCAUGUCAACGGAGUAGCUAUACCAAUGCGUUCUAUUUAUAGUACAACUCGUCCUUAUCGAUCUUCUCGUGGACGUAGUGUACAUUGGAAAGAUGAAAUUGUUCAUCCAUCUAAAAAUGAAAAUUAUUAUAAUCGAUCUAAUUCAACAAAUAUUAAAAAAAAUGUUUCACGUAUAUCACUUAAUACUAGUUUACCAUAUCAUACUAAACUUAAUAUUCGUAUUCAAGUUAAUCGAUUAAAUUGUGAUGAUUUUAAUGAAAAUAAUCAUAUUAAAGCAAAAGCUACAGUUCAAAGAUUAAAUCCUCAAUAUGAUCAUCAACAUUCUGAAGCAUUACAACGAGCGUAUUGUCAACAUUAUUUAAUAUCAUCAUCAAAUGAACGUAUGGUAACAAAAAUAAGAACAAAUAUACCAAUACCAUAUGAGAAAUCAUCACCAUAUCGUCACAUUUCAAUACCUAUUUCAUUACCUAUUGAUCAACGACUUUUUCUAUAUAUUCAAAACGAUGAAAUUUUUGCUAGAUUAUUUCUUAAUUAUAUUCAUGCAAAAUCAACAAAUACAGAUUUUUAUACAUUUGCUCUUUUAUCUGAUAUUCAUAUUGGUGAUACAGCUGCGAAUGCAAUAGGUAGAGCACGUUCAGCAGUUGUUAAAAUAAAUCAACUUGCAGCAAAUGUAACAACAAAUUUACAAGCUGUUUUUAUUACUGGUGAUUUAACUAAUUCUGCUAUGCCUUCUCAAUAUACAACACUUCGUGAUAUUUUAAAUAAUUUAACUAUACCAUAUUAUCCAAUAAUUGGUAAUCAUGAUCAAUGGUUAUAUAAUUCAACAUGGGAAGAUAUAGCACCUGUUGGUGAUCAAUUUUUUGCUGCAACAUUUAAAGAUAUACUUAAUCAACCCAAUAUAAUCAAUUAUCCAAAUGGAACAGUAUGGAAUCCAAUACAUUCAUGUCAAUCAUGGUUUCAAAAUUAUCGUCUUCAAUUGCAUAAUAAUAUAUUCAUUUCGCUUGAUUGGAAUAGUCGUCAUCAUGCUGCUGCUUCACUUGGUUAUAAAGGAUCAAUGCCUGGUGCUGAUUUAUAUGAUUUUAAUGGUGGUACAUUUUCAUGGCUUGAAGAACAAUUAAAACAACUUGAAAAACAAUCUUCAACUAUUAUUCUUUUACAACAUCAUCCAUUUCGUGCACCAUUUUAUAUUCCAGGUGAAAUAUAUGCAUUUAGCGAAUUGAAACGUUUACGUAUUGAAUAUUUAUUACGACAAUAUACAUCAUUAAAUUAUUUUGGUGUUUUUGCUGGACAUUUUCAUAUGUGGUCUGAUGGAAAAGCAUUUGAUAAUAUGCCAAAAUUUCGACAAUUUGAAACAGAUGCUUGUAAAGUUGCACAAGCUGUUGCUUUAGUUACAACAAAUAUUAAAACUGGUGAAAUUAUGAAGAUUGAAAAGAUGUAUGGUGAUGAACCAACAAAACCAUAG